AUGGCACCCAAACCCACUGGAGACAAGAAAAAGAAGAGGCGAGAGACCUACUCUCUCUACAUCUACAAGGUGCUGAAGCAGGUCCACCCUGACACCGGCAUCUCCUCCAAGGCUAUGUCGAUCAUGAAAAGCUUUGUGAACGACAUCUCCGAGAGAAUCGCCGGUGAAGCUUCAAAACUGGACCACUACAACAAGCGAUCAACCAUCUCUAGCCGGGAGAUCCAAACCGCAGUCAGACUGCUGUUGCCUCUACACCUAGUUGCUCUGAGCAACACCAAACCGGCCUUUUUAAAGGCCAUCAAAAAGCAUAGUUCUCUUAGUACUCUAGCUAGCAAGCUCAAAUUGGCUUGUAUGCAACUUCGAGCUCUGAACACCUAG